AUGGAGUCAACCCACGAAAUUACCCAAGAGAUGGAGGACAUGACCCUUAACCCGAAGGCCCGAGUCGACACUCCCGUCACGACUACCACACCUUCGCACACUCAACGUGUCCCCAGCCAACAGCAACCCCAACCUUCACUCCCUGCCGCCUUCAACUUCGCAGGCAAUUCAACAGGCGAUUACGUCUACACCACAACUUCCGCAGGCCUGAGCUUCUCGAACCCCAAUGCAAGCAGCAGCAGCAGCAACACCACCACCACAACCACCACUGACACCACCAACAUCACUACCAACACCGCCGCCACCAACCUCUUCCAGGACCAAGACUUCUGCGCCCACCUCCUCAACUGCGACGACCCCGUCGGAUUUCUUGAAGUCAGCCUAUACCUUGCCCGCUUCCCCUCCAUGUCCCUCAGCCACAACCACCCAUCCAGCAACAACCGCAUCACCAAAUUCCGCUCCACCACCACCUCAUCCUCCCGCGAGCGCCAUCACCACGCUCACCCCAUUCGUCUUGUGCAGCCAGGCACCAUGACGCCCGAAAUGGGCACCACAAUCUACAAAGCAACGAUAAAAAAAACGGAGAGGAAAGCAGCUGAGGAAAAGGAAAAAGAGAAGCAAAGGAUGACGAGCGUCUAUAUCGAGAAUUGUCUUACGUUUACCAAGGCAAGAGCGGCUGCAGAGAAAGCUGCUAGAGUUGCUCGUGAGAGGCAGAUGCGGAUGCAGAUGCGGUCGGGAGGUUCGGGAAUGGGCGGCGGUUGCGGUGAGGAUUCAAGUUGGUUCCUGAGGGGUCGGGAGAGGGCGAAGAAAACUUGGAUCAAUGAGGAUGGGGAUGUGGUGGAAGAGAGAUGGUUGGAGCCGAAUCCGAUGGUGUCAUUGAGAGAGGGAACUGAGGGUUUUGAUGAGAUGGAUGGUGUUGAGGAGAGUGUUGAGGGGGAGGGGGAGGGGGAGGAGGCGGAGGAUGAGAUGAUGGAGUGA